CACACACACACACACGCUUUCGCUCACUCACUCACUCUUUUCAACAGUCAUUGUGUCCAUACCCAACUCAAACACUUGUCGAAGAGUUAAACCCUAGUUCCACUCCUCUCUCUCUCUCCUCUCUUUCUGAUUCCUAUUUUGAAAACCCUCUCUCUCUCUCUCUGUGAGCGCAGCCACCAUCACCAUCUGUCUCCGUGCUGUCUACACGCAGAAAACGGCGCCGUUUUUUCUUCACACGCGCUAUCUGAGUCUUAGAUAUUUAAUUGAAUCUAUUCCUCAACUUUUUCUUUAAUUGGUUUAACUGAAAGACAUAUAGAGGGAAGCUGAGUGAGAUUGGUGAGAGUUGAAUUGGGGAUGGCAAUGGCAGAGAAUGAGGCUACUGGGGAUGAUCAGAAGGAUGUGAGUGGGCCCCCCAAGUCACCCUGGAAGACCGCCACCGCAGCCGAUGCUUCUCGGCUGAUGGCCGCCGAUACUGAUUCUUGGCCGGCGCUUUCCGAUGCUCAGCGGCCCAAGAACUCCGAUGCAGCCACCACCACCACUACUAAGUCGUUGUCGCCGCCGCCGCCGCCGGUGCAAACUGCCAGUGGGCCAGCUGAAUUGCAAAAACCACAUGGGCGUGGUAACCCUAAUCCUUCACAUAAGCACUCAACAUUGCGUCAACAAAAAGCAGGCUCCAAGCGCACCCCGAAUGGUGUACCCCCUUUUCCUGUACCCUUACCGUAUUAUCAACCAACAAUUCCUCCUGUUUUUCAUGCGAUGCCACCUGUGCCGCACAUUCCUGUUCCCGGAUAUGCUUACCGGCCUUCUUCUGGACCAUUUCCAAGUGCUGAAACUCACUUAGUGAAGCCUGGUUCUGAAACUCCAAUGCAAAAUUUUGUUCCCCCAGUAAACUUUAGCGUUCAGCCUCCACCUCGAGGUGAUGCCAAUGCAUACUUUGUCAAUUUUUCUAAUGGAAGACCAAACGUGCAAGAACCUGGUAGCUAUCUCAAUCCUCCAUGGCAUCAUCAGCGAGCAUUUGCUUCUAAAGGCAACAUUCAUCCGCAACAGAAUAUGGGGGCAAGGGCCUUUGUAAGGCCUCCAUAUUUGGGUCCAGCUCCGGGCUUCAUUGGUGGCCCACCUGUUCCUGGUCCUCCUGGAGCUAUAUACUAUCUUCCUGCUGCACCUCCGGGUUCUAUUAGGGUACCUCAUCCACCAUUCUUUGUUCCACAGCCUCUAUAUUCUGGGAAUCCUGUGCCACCCUCAGAGACAUUAGCAUUAAGAGCUAGUAUUGUAAAGCAAAUUGAGUAUUAUUUCAGUGAUGAGAAUUUGCGGAGUGAUCAUUACUUGAUUUCCUUGAUGAAUGACCAAGGUUGGGUUCCGAUAUCUGUCAUUGCUGACUUUAAAAGGGUCAAAAGAAUGAGUUCAGACAUACCAUUUAUCCUGGAUGCUUUACAGAGUUCAAAUACCAUUGAAGUGCAGGGUGACAAGGUAAGAAGACGUGAUGAGUGGUCAAACUGGGCUCCAGCUUCUGCAGAGCACAAAUCGUCCUCAGAAACUCUGAUUCCACAGGGACAACCUGCAGAUAAGCUUAUCAGUGCUUUAAAGUCUAUUGAGUUGAGUGAAGGUGUUACAAGGUGCACCUCGGAAGGGACUGAUGGGUGUCCUUCAAAAAAUGAAAGUUCAGUAGAGCACUCAUUGCCAGAAACAGAAUAUCGAAAAGUGUUGGUGAAUAGUAAUGCAGAGUACAACAGGGAUAAGAUCCUCUUUGAUGGUGGAACUCAAGCAUUUAUUGGAGGAAAUGGCGAUCUAAGUAUUGGAUUGAAUUCCGUGUCAAAUAUCCAGCCUGCAGAUCUGGACACUAUUGAUGGCUCACCUGAACAGAAUCUGGAUGACCAAUCUCUUGAUUUUGCAAGCACAUUCAUGUUUGAUGAAGAGCUGGAACUUGAGCAAAAAACAGUCAAAAAAGAUCAUCUUUCUUCAGUAAGGAGGAUCGAUGAUGAAGAAAAUGAGAUGAUUGUCAAUGAUCAGGCUGUUGAGAGACUUGUAAUUGUAACCCAGAAUAGCCGGAUUGGUGAAGGCACUGGAACUGACGUGAAAGAGUCAAAAUCCAUAUCCCAUGAGCUUGCUUCAGCUCUAAAUGAUGGCCUUUACUUUUAUGAGCAGGAACUAAAAGCAAAGCGGUCUAAUCGUAGAAGAAACAACUCAAGCUACGGCAGCAGAGAUGGUGAAUCAAGAUCUUCUGGCAUUGCUUCGGCAGUAUCAAAUGCAAGGACUUCUGAUCAUUCCAUGGGAGGCAGUGGCUGUGAAGGGCCUGGAAAUUCUAAUUCUCGGAAGAAGCAAAAUAAAGGCUUUUCCAAGCAACAAUCAGUUCAGAAGCAGCGGUUAUUCUUUAGUAACUUUAAAAUUCACGGAACUGGUCGUAACUUUCAUGACAUGAUAUCUGAGAGUCCACCUAGUAAUUCAGUUGGGUUUUUCUUUGGUUCUACACCUCCUGACAAUCAUGGCCAAAGGUCUUCAAAGUUAAGUGCUUCUCCUCAUGGCAAUCUUUCUGGCAGUAGUCCACCUGUGGGUUCCAUGCCAAAGCCAUUUCCACCUUUCCAGCAUCCAAGUCAUCAACUUCUAGAAGAAAAUGGUUUCCGACAGCAGAAGUACCUAAAGUAUCAGAAGAGGUGUCUAAGUGAACGAAAGAAGUUGGGUAUUGGUUGCAGUGAGGUGUUUCUCUCUCUCUUUCAAUUCUCUGAGAAUCUUUAUUCUUGUAGAAAGGCGUUAUGCUUGAGCUUCAUAGUUUUUAUUGUUUUUGCAUCCGGGGAAAUAUACUUUUGUAUGGGAUAAAUC